CAAACCCUCAAGCAGCACACUUCACCCUGCCACAUGUCGUAGCCGCUGUAUCGACGCACUCAGGCAGACGAAGCUCGCUGGCUUCUUGACAUUGAACGUUGGGUAUUUUACAGUCACGACAGCAUUCAUCGACGCCUGGACUCAAACGGAGCAUUCGAGCCUGUCUUGCCCAUUCCACACCCAGCACCUCCCUCUGCUAUACACCCCACACCCCCAAGCAUGGUGCGAAACGGCAGCCCGUCGCCGGCGGACAAGUUCCCGCUCGGGCACUCGGCCGUCUCUCCACAGCCGCAGCCGUCGAAGCGGGACAAGCGGCGCAACAUGCUGGCCGAGAAGCUGUCCGACAUGGUGGCUUCCUUCUCCGACAACAGAGACAGCCACUACCGGGCGCAGCUGCACGCGCUGCAGGCCGACAUCAACCUCAUCAUGAAGGCAGACCCGUAUGCGAACAAGCCGCUCGACGACGGCGGCGAGGAGGCCUCGGAGCUCAUCGCGCAGAUCAUGGGCACCUCGGCCGUCCCGACUGCCCCCAGCGCGGGCACCGACUACAUUGCCCAGUGCGGCAAGCACUACUCGCGCUUUGUCGAUGCCGUCAACGACGCCAUGGAGGAGCGCGACUACAACCUGACCAUGCUCUUUAACAAGCACGAAAACACAAAGAACGAGAUCGAGAACGCGCACUUCUACAAGGUCCAGAUCGCCGAGGAAGAGCACAAGCUGCUCGCAGCCACGAUCCGCGAGCGCCUCAUUGCCAGCAUACAGCAACGGACAAGCCGCCUGAAGCGCGAGAAGGAGCAGCUGGACCUCUCCGACAGCAACGCCAUGCUGCUCCACCCCAACCAGUUCAGCAUUGGCAACCCGGCCAGCCCCGGCGGACCCCAGGCGCCUCGCAAGACCAGGCGGACGGGCCACAAGUUUGGGGACGCCGAGGAUCUGGCCGCCAAUGCAGAGAACAAGCGCAAGAGGAAGCUUUUCGAGGAGAACGAAAACGAGUCGCCAGGCCCCUCUGGCCGCAACAUAGAGAUGGGCAUUGGCUCGCCCUUCCGCGAAGCAAAAGCGCGCACCGUCCACGCGCAGUUCGAGUCUUCCGCCUACUCGCUCGAGCGCCUCUUCACCGAGAAGGAGCUGAACAUGGCCAUGAACCAGGCCACGACAGCCGCCUCGCACUUCUUCGCCAAGAUGAAGAACGCCGAGCCCACGCACCACGAACCCCUCUCCAACGGCACAAACGGCGACCACGCGUCCGAAAACGGCGACACAGCAGACCCAGACCAGUCCUCGGACGACAUCCCCGGCGCCUCAGACAUGGCCCGCACCGCAUCCUCCAACCCCCACGCGACCCGCGGCGCCACCCGCUCAGCCCUAAACCCCUCCGCCAUCAUAAACGGCCACGUCCCCUUCAUCUUCAACGCACCCUUCAUCCUCGACGCGAAAAUCUUCCAAAAAGCAAACGCGCAGGCCCCGCCCCCGCCCCCCCUCUCCGCUCAAGACGUAGAGCAGGACCUCAAGCUCAUGCUCAGAGGCGCAGACCCCGACGACGAACUCAACGAGAAAUUACUACAAGCGGCUGUCAACCCCGUCAAGGCCCGCGACUUCCAGGUCCAGCCCCCCGGCUUCGUCGAGCCCGUUAAUGAGAUCACAAGCCACGUCCGCGCCGUGGUCCCGCAUCUUGAGGUCGGCAUGCAGGGCCUGGGCGGCGUGGCGAUGAGCGCGCAGAGUAGCGCCGCCGGGUGGAGCGAUAGGGGCGAGUAUACGCCUGUUAGCAGACUCGCCGAGAGCGCGAAUGGACAUGGGGGUGGUGUGCCUAUGGCGCGGACGGCGAGCGGGAGUGGACGUGGGCGCGGGAGGGGGAGGGGUGGUGCGUAG